CUUGACGCGCGGAGCUCAGACGACGACAUCUCUAGCACCAUGUACCGUCGCCUGCAGCACAUCAAGCCAAAGCCCGCGCAGCACAGCAUGCUCUCGCGUGAUAUGAGUCACAUCCGCAAGCUCAUGGCGGCGAACCGAGGGGAGAUCGCCACACGCAUCAUGCGUGCCGGGAACGAACUCGGCAUCCGCACCGUCGGCAUCUUUUCGGCCGAAGAUCGGUUCACUCAACAUCGAUACAAGGCCGACGAGUCGUUCUUGGUGGGAAAGGGCAAGAGCCCUGUCGCGGCGUACUUGGACAUUGACAGCAUUGUGAAAAUCGCCAAGGACAACCACGUCGACGCGGUCCAUCCCGGGUAUGGCUUUUUGUCGGAAAACGUCGACUUUGCCAGAAAGUGCGCGGCGAAUGGCAUUACAUUUGUGGGGCCGACGCCGGAGAACUUGGCAACGUUUGGGGAUAAGACGGCGGCGCGUGAGAUCGCGAUCAAGCACAACGUUCCGGUCGUGCCUGGGACAGAUGGCCCAGUGUCGUCGUUGGAGCAAGCGCGCAAGUUCAUCGACUCGGGCGUGGGGUACCCAGUGAUCAUCAAGGCAAGCAUGGGCGGUGGCGGCAAGGGCAUGCGCGUCGUGCAUAACGCCGCAGAGUUGGAAGCCAACUUUUUGCGCGCGAGUUCCGAGGCGUUGGCGGCCUUCGGCGACGGCACCGUGUUCAUUGAACGGUAUGUGUACAAGCCUCGGCACAUUGAAGUGCAGAUUUUGGGGGAUGGCAAGGGCAACGUGGUGCAUUUGUACCAUCGCGACUGCUCGGUCCAGCGCCGCCAUCAGAAAGUGCUGGAGACGGCGCCGGCGGUGGGCCUUUCCAAGGAAGUCGAAGCCGCCAUGAUCAACGACGCCGUGCGUCUCACGUCCGCGGCCAAGUACAAGAACGCGGGAACGGUCGAGUUUCUCGUGGACAAGGAAGGACGUCACUACUUUAUCGAGGUGAACCCGCGCAUCCAAGUCGAGCACGUGAUCACGGAAGAGAUCACGGGCAUCGAUUUGGUUCAGAGCCAGAUCCGCAUUGCCAACGGCGACUCGUUUGAGAGUCUGGGGCUGGUCCAGGACAAAAUCAGCGUCCGCGGCCACGCCAUGCAGUGCCGCGUGACGACGGAGAACCCCGCGCUCGACUUUCAGCCCGACUCGGGGGUGAUCGAAGUGUUUCGGUCGGCUGGGGGCAUGGGCAUCCGUCUGGACGACGGCCCCGGCUUUGUCGGCGCGCACAUCACGCCGCAUUACGACUCGCUGCUGGUCAAAGUCACCGCGCACGCCCUCAAGCGCGAAGAUUGCGUGCGGAAACUCAAGCGCGCGCUCUCCGAGUUCCGCGUGCGCGGGGUCACGACCAACACGAGCUUCCUGCAGCACGUGCUCGCGCACCCCGACUUUGUCCGCGGGCACGUCGACACAUCGUUCAUUGCCGACAAUCCGCACUUGGUCGCCGCGUCCAAGUCGACCAACCGCGGCCAAAAGAUGCUCCGAUACAUUGGUAACACCAUCGUGAACGGCCCUGAGAAGGAUUUGGGCGCCACGGGUCCCGCCCCCAGCGCCAUGGACCCCCUCGUUCCCGUGCUCUCGGCGCCGUCGGCCCCCCGCGUCGGCAAGUCACUGCGUCAGAUUUACGCAUCGGAAGGCCCGGCUGCGUUUGCCAAAGCUGUUCGCGACCACAAGGGGUUGCUCUUGACCGACACGACGUGGCGGGACGCGCACCAGUCGUUGCUGGCGACGCGAGUCCGCACGCGGGAUUUGGAAGCGAUUGCGCCGGCGACGGCGAUCGCCCUUCGCGACGCGUACUCGAUCGAAAUGUGGGGCGGCGCCACGUUCGACGUGAGCAUGCGCUUCCUCCGUGAAGACCCGUGGGAGCGCCUCGCCAACCUCCGCGCCCUCGUGCCGGACGUUCCGUUCCAGAUGCUCCUGCGCGGGGCCAACGCCGUCGGGUACACGAGCUACCCCGACAACGUCGUGUUCAAGUUUUGCGAAAAGGCGCAGCAGACCGGCAUGGACGUGUUCCGCGUGUUCGACUCUCUCAACUACGUGGAAAACAUGCGCCUGGGCAUCGACGCCGUGGGUGCGUCCGGCGGGAUCAUCGAGGCGGUGGUGUGCUACACGGGCGACGUGUCCGACCCUGACCGCGGUCCGUACAACCUCGACUAUUACCUCAACUAUACGCGGCAACUGGUCGACCUCGGCAUCCACGUGCUGUGCAUUAAGGACAUGGCGGGGCUACUCAAGCCCCAGGCGGCGACGCUGCUUGUGUCCGCGAUCCGCGCCGAGUUCCCCGACCUGCCCAUCCACGUGCAUACCCACGACACGGCGGGUACGGGCGUGAGCUCCAUGCUUGCGUGUGCGUACGCCGGUGCGGACGCGGUCGACUGCGCGACGGACGCCAUGUCGGGCACGACGUCGCAGCCGUCCAUGGGCGCGCUCGUGGCGGCGCUCAAAAACACGGAGCUCGACACGCGCAUCAACCCCGAGCACAUUAACGACAUCAACGACUACUGGGAAACCAUGCGCGGUGUGUACGCACCGUUCGAGUCGGGUCAAAAGUCUGGGUCCGCCGACGUGUACCACCACGAAAUGCCAGGCGGACAGUACACAAAUCUGCUGUUCCAGUCCAACCAGCUGGGGCUGACGGGGCAGUGGCCAGCCAUCAAGAAGGCAUACGCGACCGCCAACAAGCUGCUCGGGGAUAUCAUCAAGGUCACCCCGUCCAGCAAGGUUGUCGGCGAUUUUGCGCAGUUUUUAGUCCAGAACAAGCUCUCCGAGGACGAUGUACUAGCCCAAGCCGAGACGCUGAGCUUCCCCAAGUCUGUGGUCGAGUACUUCCAGGGGUAUCUGGGCAUCCCGCACCACGGAUUCCCCGAAGCGCUUCGGUCCAAGGUGCUCAAGGGGCGCCUCCUACCCAACGGCAAGUCUGUGUUUGAAGGCCGGCCGGGCGCCGAGCUCGCGCCGUACGACUUUACCGCCGCACACCGCGAGCUCGUCGAAGCGUAUGGGUCCGACAACAUCUCGGAGCUCGACGUGCUGUCCCACGCCAUGUACCCCGCCGUGUUUAAGAACUUUAUGGAGUUCAAGGACAAGUACGGGUCUCUGCACUUUUUGGACACGCGUACGUUUCUCACGGGUCUGAGUGUGGACAAGGAGAUUGAGCUCGAGAUUGAGCACGGCAAGACAGUGUUUGUGCGGCUCGUGGCCGUCGGCGGCAUCUCCAAGAAGGACGGCACGCGCGACGUGAUCUUUGAGCUCAACGGCCGACAGCGCGUGAUCAAGGUGGCCGACGAGAACGCCAGCGUGGGCAAGAUCGAGAAGCUCAAGGCGAGCCCGAAUGUCCCCGGGUCCGUCGGCGCCCCCAUGCCUGGCGUGAUUGUCGAAGUCAAGGUCCAGCGCGGCCAACAAGUUAAAGCCGGCGAGCCGCUGUGCGUGCUCAGCGCCAUGAAGAUGGAAACUGUGGUGGCGGCGCCCGUGUCUGGCAAGGUCAAGGAGCUGCAUGUGGUUGUGGGCGACAGCUUGAAGGCCGGCGAGCUGGUGGUCGAAAUCGACGAGUCGGGCGAAAAGGAGUUGUAAAUAAAUCUAUGGUAGAUAACAUAUUGUCGGAUAGUGCGUACGUACAGAUAAGUUUGUGUACAGAUAUAUCUACUAGUUAGCAGGAUUGCACUGUAUCGCAUAUUGUAUACUUCCUCUGUUCCAG